AUGGCUUUUAAUCCAUUACUCGACCACGAUUACUUACUUAGUAAUAAUGAAGAUUAUAUAGAUUUGGAAAUUGUAGUAGAUGAGGAGGAUGAAGAUUUAGAUGUUAUUGUUCAAGAGGAGGAAGAUGAUUCAGAUGAUAAUGCAGAUGAAAACAACGAUAUACAACGCCAGCGAGCAGAAACCUUCAUAGUUUUACCUGGUGUAAGGUUAAACUCCAAAGUAUUUAUGGACAAUAUAAAAUACAGAUAUUAUAAAAAUGGUGCUAGGAACAAUAAAACAUAUUUAAUCUGUGAAAAUCAGAAAAAUGUGGCUGAAUUUUGUCCAUCAACAGCUUGGGUUAGGUCUGAAGAUGUUAUAGAAGGUAAAGGUACAAUAAUGACCAGACUCCCACACAACCAUUUACCUCCGAAUGUGGACAUUCCAAUGGUUAAUUUAAGGCGUUCUAUUGGUUUGGCUGGAACGAGUACUGGCAAUUUAGCUACCUCCAUUAGGCAGAUAUAUAACCAAGACGUUGUGUUGAAUCCUGAAGGUGCAUAUGAUUACACUCAUUUACAGUCCCGGUCGAGCCUCAAUGAAAUGAGACGUCGUCGACGCCCGGUAAAUCCGAAAACGGUUGAUCAGUUGGCACAUAUCCUCAACGAACCAAAUGCUAUAGCUUAUGUUUCAACCCUGCAGCACCCAUCCUCAAGAUUUUUUCAGCAUAAUUUUCCAUUAAUGGUAGAUGGAGAACGCUUAGGAGUAAUAUUUGCAAAUACUGAUGCCAUUGAAAAAUAUAGAGAACUACUUCAGUCAAUCACAAUGGCAGGAAUAGAUGGAACGUUUAAGACUGUUCCAAAAAAUCCAACUGAUUUGAAAAAGGGCUGCCUACUUACUUUCCAUAUAGUGUUCAGAAAUGUGUCUUUUCCAAUGGUAUACGCAUUGACCACAAGGAUGACCCAGUCCACUUAUGAGUCUUUCCUCAGAAGUGUACAACAAAUUUUACCACUGAACUACGACCGACUUACUAUAAUAACGGAUUACGAACGAGGUUUAAUGAACGCUGUGAGGAUAAUAUUUCCGCAUGCCAAGCUUCAGGGGUGUUGGUUUCAUUACUGUCAAUCUGUUAUCCGGUACUGUAAACGAAGCAUGCAUAGUCUAUAUGAUCUAUUCCAAACUACUGUCGAGGCUGCUACAGUUUUACGCAUGGUGUUAGCUCUACCCCACCUUCCUGCUGAAGCCCAAAUAAAUUGUAGAAUAUGUCAACGACCAACAGCCAAAAUAGGCGCUGUAAACAUAAGUGUUUUUGGGUCAGAGAUUCGUACCAACAAUUAUGUUGAAUCAUUUCACGCCACACUCCUGACACAAAUUGGAAAACACCCCAAUAUCUGGGAUUUCAUGCAGAAACUAUUGAUAAUUGAAAAUCAAUAUUAUUUGGAAAUAGACCAAGCUCGCAGGAAUCUCCAGAUCAGAUGUCAUCUAUCUCGUGUAGAUAGAUCAGAAGUCACCAGCAAAAUUCAAGGAUAUAUAAAUCAGUUAAGUGCAAAUGGUGAUUUAUUAUCUUUUUUGAGGACAGCAGGCCAUCUGAUGGAUGUUCCUACUCAAGAUAGUUUAAUUGAAAACACUCAAGAUCAAAUUGUUCCAGUUAGUCAAGACAGUUUAAUAAAAGAAAGUCAACAAGUUAUUCCUGUCACUGAUUCGGUAAUGAAUAAUGAUAUAAAACUUGAAGAUAACACAGUCGAUUUAGAUCAACAAUCAGCAUUAAGUAUGAAAGAUUCAGUAUUGAAAGACUUGUAUAUGAGAGAAUCAUCUGAGUUUUUAACUGAUGAACCAUCUUUAAAAGUUGGAUCUCCUCUACUUGAAAUAAAAUCGGAGUCUAUAAAAAGUGAAAAACAAAUUAAAAUUGUAAAUUUUGAAAAUUCCAUAUACGAUGUUGAAAACGCAGAUCAGAAAGAAGAGAAAAAAUCAGAAAAUUAUGUGGCUGAUGCAUUAUCAACAUUAGCAACUGCUGCUUUUAAAAAGUCAGCUUAUACUAAUGGAACUACAGAAAGUGUAAUAUCAAAAUCUGUACAGCCAAUUGUACAAGUUAAAUAUGAAGAACCAGUAUGGAGUGAUGUUGGUGUAAUUAAAGGUACUACUUGUUUGGUGGGAAAUUUUUACUCCACUUCUACUACUGAUGAACAUGAAAAUACUAGCUUAGAUAAUUUACCAGAUUAUGAACAUAAAUUAAAAAUUAAUAUUCAACCUGGGACAAUUUACAAACUUCAUAUAGCUGCUAUAAAUACUUGUGGCCGUGGAGAAUGGAGUGAAAUAUCUGCAUUUAAGACUUGUGUACCAGGUUAUCCAAAGCCUCCAGCUGAUAUUAAAAUUAUAAAAGGACCCGAUGGUGCUAGAUUAACAUGGUCUCCUCCUACAAGUUCUGGAAAGAUUUUAGAAUAUUCUGUUUGGAUAGCCAUUAAAAAUUCUAAGGAUGUACCACACCGGAGUACAAAACCAACUUCAACAAAUUUAAAUUUUGUUUGUGUAUAUUGUAAUGCUCAUAAUGCUGCUAUAGUCAGUCAUAAGUUACUUGGAGCCGCUCUGAUCGAUAGAACUAAUAAACCUGCUAUAAUAUUUCGAAUUGCUGCUAAAAAUGAGAAGGGAUAUGGACCAGCUACACAAGUUAGAUGGUCACAAGACAGAAACGUGUCUGGAUCAAAUAAUAAUCUUUCAAUGAAAAGAAAAUAUAAUGAUAAUUUUUUAACUGAGGUUCCCUAA